ACGGGGCUGUGAGGGAACCGCAGGUGGUGGGGCCUGUCGGCUCUGUGUGGGUGACUGGCACUGGGGAGGAGGAGACUCUUUACAGGAGUCCCCGGGGCUGUGAGAGGAAAGGUCGUCCGGGAUCCAUGGGGCAUGGGAGCAUUCUGGAACUGUGGUUGAAAGUGCAGGCUUUGAGGGCAGCUUCAGGAGGUGGGCAACGAAGCAGAGUCGAGCUCCAUCCUGUGCCCGCAGGAGAGGGGCCGGUGGAAAGGGGGGUUCCUGGCCGGGCUUCGUGGGUAGAGACCAGCCGUGAAGGUCUCACCGGACCGUGGGUGAAAGGACAGGCGGGGGCAGCCCCCCGGGGCCGGGGACUAUCCAUCCCUCCGGGCCCAGGGGCAGGCUGUGAGAGGGCCAUGGGCUGCUGUGGGCAGGGCCAGGCUAUGAGGAUGCCACCUGUGGCUGUGCCUGAGACUCUGGAGGCAAGUUCUGGGAUUGCCCCACACCUGCCCGGGAGGGGACAAACUGUGGGGGUGCCUGGGCCCUUGGAGGGGAUUGGCUAUGGGGUUGCCCCCAGCUCUUCAGUAAAAGGACUGACUCUGCGGGUGCCAGGGGCCGCGGGGUGGCCUGAGGCUGUGGAGGUACCCAGAGCUGUGGCGGGAGAGCUCUGCUGUGGGGGGGUUCCGGAUCCUUGGGGGAGACAGCGGGCAGCACAGGUGCCUGGGGCUCUGGCACAGGAGGUGAUCUGUGGGCACACCCCAGGCUUGUGGGGGAGAGGGCAGACCACAGCUGUGCACAGAGCGGCCCAAGGGGACACCCCCUCUGUGGGUGCCCCAGUUGUGCCACGGAGGAGGCGCGCUGUGGGGGAGACAGGCCCAGGGACUCUUCCUGGCCUGUGGGGCACCAGACAGCCUAUGGAGGUGCCUCGUGCGAUUGAAGAGGGAGUGCGAUGUGGGGGUGACCCGUGCUUCAGGGAGAGGGGACAGGCCGGGUGGGCAGAGACAGGCUCUGGGGGCAACUCAGGGUCCUGGGAAGCUGCCCAGACUGCGGGCUGGGCAGUGUGUGGUCCUGAGGAGCAGGAGGCAGGCCCUGGCAAUGUUCCAGGCCACUGGGGUAUAGGACAGGCUACAGGGGUACCUUGGGCUCCCAGGACGGAGACAGGCUGUGGGUGUGUCCUGGGUUUGUGGGGAACACAGCAGCCAUUGGGGCUGUCCCAGGCGGUGGGAUUAUCGGGGACCAGAGGAGUGCAGACCAGCUGCUGCUGCGUUCCAGGCCUGUGGGCUAGACAGCAGGCUCUGGGGGUGCCUCUGGCUGAGGCAGUGCCAGCCACGGUCAGAGAGCCCUAUGGUGGGAACGUCUUGAGUCUCCUGGAAAGGAGGCAGGCUCUGGGGGAGCAGGAGGCUGUAGUGCCCGCCGCUGUAGGGAGUCCUGGGUCUGUGUGUCAGGAGACUGGCUGUGGGGACGCUUCCUGUCUCUGCCUGAGGAGACAGGCUGUAGGGCUGUCUGAGCGCGUGAGGGUGCCAGAGCCAGCUGGGGUAUCCAGCUAUAGAUGUGCCCUAGCUCCGUGUGCGCUAAAUCCCGGGGGUGAAGCUGCCCGGGUGCCCGCCGCUGUAUGGGUGUCUGACUCUGUGGGUCAGGAAGGCAGCUCCAGGGAGGACUGGAACCUGUGGGCAGGGGUUCAUGCUGCCGGGAGACCCACGGCCUCAGGGGUACCCAUGGCUCCCCAGGAGCUGUGGUUGGCAGGGGAGGAUGCUGGCUCGUGGGGAAGGAGACAGAGUGCCAGGGUGCCCAUGCCUGCUGAGGUGCCCUGGGCCCCUGGGGUGUGUGGUCCUCUGGGGGUGGAGACUGGCUCUGGAGGUUUCUUGCACUUGCCAGGGGGGAGACAGACAGCAGGAGUUUCUCUGACUGCAGGGGUGUCUGCAGAUGCUGGGGUGCCCAUGGCUCUCAGGGCGCCUCGGCCUGUGCAGGAGGUGGCUUGUUCUGGAGGUGUCUCAUGCUUAUGCGGGGAGAGAGAGACAGUGUGGGGACCUACAGAUGCCAUGGAUCCCACCAGAAUGGGGAUGCCCGCCACUGCCAGAGUGCCUGGGCCCAUGAGUGAAGAGAUGGGGCCUGGGGGCAUCUCAGGCUUGGCGGGAGGGAGACAGUCUGGGGGAGCAUGUGUGACCAUGGGGCUGCACACAGCCAUGGGGAUGCCAGGGCCUGUGGGGGAGGAGAUGCUCUCUGGGCAUUUUUCGGGCUUAUCUGGAAGCAGACAGACUGCUGAGGUGCCGGUGGCAGCUGCCAGCAUUUCCGUGACGGUGGGGGUGCCCUCAGCUGCCGGGGCCCCUGGGCCGCUGGUGGGCGAUGUUACUUCUGGGGAUGGCUCAGGUGUAUGGGGAAGGAGACCCAUGACUGAGGUGCCUAUGGCUGCCAGGGCUUCAGGACUUGUGGACAGGGAGACUGGCUCUGAAGGCGUUGCAGACGCGUGGAGGAGACCUGACAGAGCCGUCCCUGAGGCUGCGAGGGUGCCUUUGUCUUUGGGGGUGCUUGCCGCUGUAGAGGUUCCCAUGGCACGGCCUGGGCCUGCAGUGGUGUGGGUGACUGGGCCUGCAGGAGAAGAACCCAGGGCAGCUGUCUCUGACCUCACGGGGGUGAGGAGACAGUUCGCAGAGGGCCCCGAGGCUCCCCCCACAGGGGAGAUCGGAGGUAGGAAUGUCCUGGGGCUGGUGGGGAGGAGCCAGCCAGUGGGGGUGUCUUACACCUGUGGGCGCGGGACCAGGUUAUGGAGGUGCCUGAGGUCAGCGGGGGAAGAACUGGACUAUGAGAACAUGCCAGGAGUGUCCAGAACAGGUGGGACUGUGGGGGAGAAUGAAGCUGAGGAGGUGCCCCAAGAGUCACAGGAGGAGACAGGCAUCGGCCUCAUCAGAGAUCACGCACGGCAGGGUGGGAGGAGACAGGCUGGAGGAGAGUCUGCCGUCAGGGCGGGAGGAAACAAUUUGGGAGACAGUUUUGAGGGGGAGGACAGAUUGAGGGGGGCAUUCCACUAG